AUGAAAGAUUCAGAAGAGAAGCCAGAAGCCGACUUCGCGUCAAUGUCCAGUAAUAUUAUUUCAGAUUUCGCCCCGAUCUUGGCACUUUUCGGUGAACAGGUCGCAAAGCAAUUCCUCAGUCAGUCAAUGGGGUGGGGCGACCAUAUCAUCUUCUCGAUGGCUCCAUUGGGGAUCAUAACGGCUGUUAUAUCGGCUAUCCGUAUUGGCGGGCCGCAGUGGCUAAAGGCUAUCGUUGGCCGAGCAAGAGAGCACCGUGCCGCUGCUGAGCUGGAACUCAUGUCAUCCACAUCGCAUGAAGUCUGCGAAUUGUGGAACGGACAGAACAUUGUGAGAAUACUGGGCGCGCCAGCUAUUCGGGAGCUUGUCCUUAUUAAGAGCUCAACUCCUGGGGAAACAUCAGAGGAAGCAGGCGUGAUGUAUGAACUACACACGCUUGACAACGAAAUGAGCGAACAACAUUUUGAAGUGCAAGGUAGGAGAAAUAUAAUCCGGAACAUACGAAUAUAUGCAUUCAAAACUUACAAGGCACUAGAUGUUCGACGCGUUCGGAGUGCUGUCGCCAAACGCAAUACAGAGGCGGGGAACGAUAUAGAGCUGAAUUCGACUCGGGAAACGCACGAUGUCGAAUCUACAGGUGAGGCACCGGGGGUCAGACAUCGAAGCACUGCGUCGGGACAACAUACCCAGAAUACCACAAGGCAUAGUGAUCUUCCCAUUACCAGUGCACCAAACAUAACUUUGAACAUUAAUAAGCGCGUACCCCAAGUUGAGAUUCGUUGCGUUGCUAUUUCCGCUGUUUCGUUACAGGCCGCUGUACUUGUAUACGCAUAUAACUCAACAUAUAACGCCCGACUGAGAAGAUCUCUGAAUGUGGAGUGGGAUGCUGUCUGGGCCUGGUACUGUACUCUUAUAGGUACGGUGCUCUUGGUAACCGGAGUGCUGGCUUGUUGCCUCAUAAUUGAAAAGAGCACGGUUGAAAAAACGUAUCAUCUGAAGAGUGGUGGCGGAAGGUUAUUAUGGCUACAAAAGGGACAGACUGUCAGCGAUCAGGUCUUUAACUCCAGUGUAAUACUCGCCAAAGACUCGACGUCUAUUAUUCUCACAUCCAGGCGAAACGAGGAUUUGAAUGAUUUGUUCCAUCCAACCUCCUGGGCGAUUAGAUAUGGAACAAUCGGAGCAGCCAUAUUAAGCAUCAGCGGUUUCAUCGUUCAAUUCAUGGGCCUGCGUGGUAUGCACUGGUCAGUUUCAGUUGCCCAAUUCGUAUCUACGGCGGUAAUGACUGUCUUGAGGGCCGUACUUCGCCGAGGUCUAUCGGAUUGUCCAGAACACCACAAACUCCCCAAGGAUCACGAGAUUGACUGGCUAUCGGUCCGAUUCCCUGAGAAGGAUGGUGGGUUGAGGCUCGAAGAUAGGCAGCCCACAGUUCCAGGAUCUACACCUGCAAGAGGAAUGUGGAGAGACUUUUUCCGCAUGAGCGGAAAACCACAUGCGAACCCGGCUGGCCCCCCGGUGCCCCUGGGAGACCAACGCUUCGAGUGGACCAUUGUUAGUGGGGCCCUAAACAGCAGUUAUGGCCCUCCCAGCGUCCCUCCGUCCGGUACGAAUAGAGCGCAGAUUGUUGUUAACUCUCGGGAGCGACUUGGAUAUCUCACACGGUGGCCGAGUGUGUACUCAGACAAGGCAACCUCACUUGCAGCCGCUAUAGAAUGUAUCAUGAACACCUCCGGCUUGUACAAUGGAACUGAUCCCUUUGUCUGGUGGAUGCGAGCAACUACUGGCGCCUCGCCUGAGAUAAUCGAAUUUCGCAUCAAUCGGGUCGACGACCGGUGGGUGGUAAACCUAGGCCAGUUAGAAGCAGUGCUGUCUCUCUGGAUGUAUUCAGUAAAGCAGAGCGAGAUUAGCUUAGACGAACUUGGCGAUGCAUGGCUGCGUAGCGGUAAAGGGAGUAGGAAGGCCACGAUUCGACUUCUAGGACAAAGUACACCCCUACUACGGCGAGAUCUCAGAUGGUGGAUGGGAAUGGACGCACAGAGUAUCAUGGAUACAGAUAUGAGUGCGCCCAACUUAACAGGGCGGGAGCCGCUGGUGGUUUGUAUCAGCCAACAUGAACCUCAAGUGGUUGGCUCAGCAGGAAGGGUUAUUGAGAAUAAUGAGGUUCACAAGUACUUACCGAUGUCUUCUGAUCUCCGUGAGGUGAUGAAAGGGCCUGUUCCGUGUCCAGGCUCUCUCUUUUCCUCGACUCAAUCUUCUUUGCAAUCGAUUUUUGCACUUGAGAUGUUCACUGCCUUCGUAUGGGCCCUUGCUGCAUCACCUGGUUUACGCGGAAUCGGUGUCGAAAAUGGGGAUGAGGGCCGAACAAAGUUGGAUGAAUACUCGCAGUCUCAGUCGGCAACCUCAAACAUUAUUAAUUGGGACAAGAUCAGACUUCAGAGCCCUGUAUUAUCGAAAAUCAUAUCGGAGCUCGAGGAAACUGGGUUGGGAGAUUCCUCUCAGUUAUUCCAGAGUAUUGUCCCACCUUUAAGUACCCAUCGAAAACUCCCUGAUACGUAUAUCGUAGUUAAAAACAUACACGAGAAGGCGAAAGACUUUCAACGCCAGGGGCAGUGGGGGACGGUAUUCGAUAUGUAUUUUUGGCUUUUGAAUUGUUUCCUUAAGGUACCCAACCAUCUUAAGAUACCUGCUGGGGGUAAUAUCGGUUCGGAGGCACGAUCGUGUGUCAUGGCCGUAGCAGUUUCCAUGGAAUUUCUCUGGAGCCUCGGAGAGGAAAUUCAAAAGCGCAAGGAUGAGGACUUGGUGUUGGAUAACCAGUUAGUAAGGGACCACAGGCAACUACGGGAUUUUUUAACAAACUCGGAAUUUCGCGGGUUGAUCAAAGAUGUUCUACUCCCGCUUGCAAACCUAUAUGAGAUACAAGACCGGAAAAUAACAUGGGAACCACUACGUUCUAUCUACUACAACUCUUGCUCGCGGGGCUCUAUUUUCCCUCGGGUAGCUGACCUACACAGAAAAAUCAUCAAAGGAGAGUACAAAGGAGACCCCGUUUCUAAUGUGGAUCAAAAGGACGAUUUAGGGUGGACUGCAUUACAUUACAUGGCUAAGGAGGGUAGGGUGGAUAUCAUAUCGCAUCUUGCGGAGAACGGCUAUGCUCUUUCCCCAGACGACCAUGCCGACUGGAAAGCCAUCAAUCUCUUGGGUUGGACACCUCUACACUAUGCUGCGCUCAACAGCUCACUUGAGCUAGAUUGGGCGCAUAAAAUGGACAAACGAAAGCUUGAUGUGAACAUUCAAGGACGCGAUGGAGUCUCACCUUUACAUUGCGCAGGAAGAAGUGGUAAUGUGCAUAUGGCAAGGCAUUUGAUAAUGCUCGGAGCAAAUCUCGGCGCUUGUGAUAACAAUCGGCAAACACCUCUCCACUGGUCGGCCUAUCACCGCUCCGUCGAUGUUUUCAGAUUAAUGCUGGCAUUUGGUGCUGAGUUCCGAUCCCCAGACGAGUAUGGAAGGACCUGUCUACAUCUUGCAGCAAUGUCAGGCUCAAUGGAGAUUGUUGGUGAUCUACUCGGAGUAAUGAAUAUCGCCGAGAUGAAUCUGAGAGAGAGGAACGGACGCACAGCUCUAUGGGUGGCAUGUAUCUUUGGACACGAGAGUGUCUUAGAGACUCUUGCACGGCAUAGUGGUGAUAUUAUACGUGAUGAGGGACUGCUUUAUACAGCGAGCAAAAAAGGCCUUUUCAAUACUGUAAGGUUUCUACUUCAGCAACCCACAAACACAUUCCCGACACAAGAGGAAUGCGAACGUUCAUUUUAUAUAGCCAGUAGGAGUGGUCACGUUGAGAUUGUUAGGUUUUUGUUGGAAAAUAGAGAAAGUGUCGGAUCAGGUAUCCUUGGUGGUAGGAGUGCGUUAUUCACCGCAAGUAAACAUGCUCACAUGGAGAUAAUAAAGUUACUCCUCGAUGAAGGAUUUAGGAUGACCGGAGAUAGGAAGAGAUGGGAGGAGCUAAUGGCCAAGGCAACUCUGAAGGGGAAACACGAGGUCGUUGAGUUACUUUUGGACAAAAGGGAAGGUAAUGACGCAGUUAAUUGCGGAUCGAAAUACCAUGAUCUUAUCUUUGAGUUGUAUGACUCCGAUAAUCCACCAUCAGACUCCGACUGGGAAAGCCCAAGGCAGAUAGAUGCUCGACUGUAG